UAGCAAAUACUACUUUCUAAGGGUUUAAAUCUGAAGUACAGUAGCUGUCCAAAGCUAUUUGCAAGUUUAUUGUAAACAAGUGCUACUUCUCAGGCCUCUGCUUCAAGCAAGAUAAAGCGUGGCAAUUAGGCUACAACUUCUGUGCCAAAACAAGAUAAACUAAUUUUCUACUGAAAUUCUGCAGAACUACCCCAAACUCCUGGAAGAGCAGCCUGGGGCAUGGGCAGAGAAGCGAGUGGGCUGCAGGGUGCGAUGCUGCUCCAGCGUGACAGCCUUCACCGGUGCUCACGCUUCCAGCCAUCAGCAGAUGGGGGGUUCUUCCCUCUUCCUUCAGGGAGGAAUUCAGGACCCAGUGCUCAGAGCACAAGUUGGCUUCCACGUUCAUCCUGCAAUACCCGCCUGCACAUGCCUGCACUCAGCACCCAGGCUGCUGGGAGAGUGACUCAUCCUUUGCACAGAAGCCAUCUGUCCAGUGAACUCAUGGGACGUUUGGAAGCCACCAGUGGUUCAUGUUCAGCUCCCAUCCACUCUGCACAGGACUUGGGUUGCAGCUCAGCAGCUAUCUCCAUCUUCUGCCACAUUUUCCAGAAAGGCAUUUCGAAGCACUGCCUCAUCUACCUCCCCACCCACGCAGAUACCCCUGGCUUCUCAUAAGAGUACCAGUUUGUGUGGAAACUCCUUUACGUGCACCCCAAUCCUCUUCAAAAACAAUCUCAAGAGUGACAAGAGAAUCCCACCUGCGUUCCCACCCCACGGAAGCCGUGACAACCAAGGCACUUGCUCAGAAGGUGGCCCUGGGAAAGGGCUUUGUUUUGUUUUCCCCUGCCCCUCGACCCUUAGCUGGCCACAGCUGGAAACACACAGCUUUUGAGGUCUGACUUGAUUAUCAGAGCUAAGUUGCAUUUCACUGUUAACUAUGCAAGCCCUAUACGGGACAAGUGCAUCACUGAAAUUUCACCUGAUAAAUAAAUUAGGUUAAAAUCCAGUGUAUGGUGUGGUAAACAUUUCCUAACUAUUAUUAGCCAAAGGAAAGAGUGUGACUGAGCUCCUUUAACAGUCAACAUUGGCUGCUUUCACCUGUCCUGCUGCCAGGGGUUUAGUUUGCUGCCAGGGGACACACGGUACCUUCGCUGGACAGCUGCACCAGGAUGACAGGCCACUGCUGUAAUGGAGUAUAUUAAAAUUCAGUGCUGUGAGCCAGACAAGCAUGUGCAGGAUGUCUUCAACAACAAACCGCCGCCAGGUGCUGCAAGCACGCAGAGAUGGUUCAACUAUCAAACCCAAAGCACUAGAGGUGCAUUGGGGGCACGCCGCUCCUCGAGCUCAGGGAACUGAGAAUCUGCAGAGUUUUCCAGUCCAUUUAUCAGAGAUGCUCCUUUCCCCUCCUCUGUUUCCGAAGAAGUCUAAAACUGGAUUUCUUCAGAAGCAAAAGGCCAAACUUACCCACAUGAGGGCAGCAAUUAGGACGUUAUCAGAAAUGCCUUCUGAGAUGACCGUUCUCUCCUUCCCCCCCUCUCCGUGCACACUGAUCCUGGGGAGUUGUUUGUCUCCACUCUCCAUUUGUCAUCCUCACUCAAAGAGCACAUGAGUCAGACUGUGCACCACAGAUGCUGCUGAUAAGCACACACUCCAUUUGGGAAUAUUAGCAACCCUGCAGAACAGACACAGCUAAAAAAACAAAUCCCCAUCUACUGACUCCCAAUCAACUAUGCCAGUAAGUGCCUGGUAAAUGUCACUGGCUUUACACUUUGUAUAAACAUCAAUCUUUGGAUGGUCCAGAUUGACUCAACUCCUGCAAGAUCGGAAGCACACACCUUAUAAAAAGGGCUGCAACCGAGCUGCACCUUCAGCAUGGAACAAUCAGUGCCCGUCCCAGGGGUGCUCAUCGUAGUUCUGUCCCAACAAAUACCACAAAGAUGAAAAAGGAGAUAUGUAACUUAUUUUCGCACAGCAAUCUUACAUAGGCUGGAUUUUUGCUAUGUGUAAUUUUCCAGAGCAGCAAAAGUGAAGCAAUCACAUGGACCAGUCAUAGCAGAGAGCUCAAGCCCUGGCGAGCUGGAAGCUCGACCCCAGAGACCAGCAGCUUUGCUCUGGAAAAGGGAUCCGAUGAGCUUCAGUAAAACAGCACCGACUGUAGGUGCUCUCACCACUGGUUUGGAAUCAGUUUACCAUAACAGAAUUAAACUAGAUAAUAGGAAACACUUCAGUGCAUGUAUACAAUCCCACUAAAUAAAACUAUGCAUGAUUAAAAAGCCAUCAGCUUCAGUGCUGAUAAACCUCGGCGGGCCCUGACUGCACUGUCACCCUCUCACCGCAGCCCUUGCACAUCUUAAUGCUCCUUUCAGGCACAUCUGGAGAACUAUCCUAUUAUCUACAAAAAAACCCCAAACAAAAACCCAGAAAAAA